UGGGGUUAAAGGGCAAUUAAAAAAAGUCGGAACUGUUUUCAUUGAAGGUUUGUGUACUAAAAGAUCUUAGGAUGGCUUCAGGUGGAUCAGGAGUUCCCCCCACCGACCCGACUGACACACCGAGUCCACAGGCAGGGGUCCCCGCUGACUCUCAGAGUGGCAAAGACACCCCAAAAGCCAAAGGAGAGUCAGCAGAAUGUUGCAAGGAUGGAGCCAAAGUGUGCCAGUUUUUCCGGAUAGGAAAAUGUCAUUUUGGCCUCAAAUGCCGUUUAGCUCACAGUGACCCAUUACAGGAUGAUUCAGGGGCUCUGUGUCCUGGUGUGGAUGAAAAACAGGAAGAAGAAAAACACAAGAACAAGAAGGGCAGUGUGAAUAAAGUGCCAAAACCAAAACACAACGAGAGAACAGCAGAAGUGAACAAAAAGCCUCGUAUGCGCACAGCAGAUGAAGUAAUCUCCCGGAUCCUGUGGGACCCAUCGGUGGACGCAUCAGAAUUUGUAGUGGGCUAUGUGGAUCGAUUCCUCGGCGUGCUGGAGCGCCCCUUCUGUGACUUCAACUGGGAGACCAACCCGUGUGACUGUGAUUACACUGUUGAGCUGGCCCUGCCCAGACACAGGAUCCAGUACUUCACUUACAGAGGGCACCGUGUCUGGGACCGCCACACCAGGACUGACCGAGUUUUCGGUUCCACAGGUCAAUCUCUGGCUCCCCCCUUUGGAGGGGAAGAGGAAGUAAGAGAAGAAAAUACAGCAGCGCUUGAAAGAACUAACGAGCAGCCACCUGCAGAGGAAGAGAAGCCGAAUGAGACAAAUAUUCACACCCCUGAGUCUGCACCACCACCACCACCAGAGUGUACAGGAAACACUUCUCAGGAACAACAGGAGUCACGAGGACCAUGUGUUGUGGAGGAGGCUGCAGAUAGACAUCAGGUUUCAGCCGAUCAGAGUUCCUCAACCGAAGAGGAGGCACCGGGUGUAAAAGAGGAGGGUGAGGGGGAGAUUCUGCCAGAAUGGGAGGAAAGCUGGGAAGGCCAUGAAAACUGUAUAAGUUAUCCUGCAGCCCAACAAGUUAGCAAGAAUCCAUCUGUACCUCUGGAGCGGAGAGAAGAGAAGCGUGGUGGUCGCCCCCCUAAGAAGAGACCCACACACUUCAUCACCUUCCGGGCCAACACUCCUGCCAUCCUCUCCUGUUUCCAGCAGUUGCAGAAGGAGCUCACCUCCCUCAUACCUUCCUCUGCUCCUCACUGGCAAACCGCCUCCAGCCUUCACGUCACCCUGUGCCUCCUGGUGCUGCACAGCCCCGCUGAGGUGGCGGCUGCUGGGGAGAUCCUCCAACGGUUUGCACAACUGGACCGAAACCCGCCGGUAGCUGUGACCUUUCCUGUGAAGCUGAAACAUUUCAAUGGGAAGGUGCUGUACGUGAGUCCUCAGCCUCAGCUCCACCUACAGCAGCUCAACAGCGGUCUGCAGGAGGCCUACAGGAAAAAGGGUUUUCUUCACAGGGACUCCUACAACCCACGCUACCACCUCAGCCUGGCCAGGGUACUGGACAGGGAGGCCGAGAGGAUAUUUGAAGGUGUGGGGGACCUGAGGGUGGGGAAGGGCUUAAACUUUGGGCGUCUGCCAGUUAACACCUUACACCUUUGUGCCAUGGGCGGCUCUAAAGUAGACGGUUUUUAUGAGAGGGUGUGCACGGUAACACUUCGAUGAUAAAGAAGUCUGAUUUGCAGACAUUACUGGGUGCAAUAAGCCACGCCUUUAAGGUGUCGCGGAUAAAUACAACAAAAUAAAACUAGUACCGGUAC